AUGAACUUUCUCUCCAAGACACUAAGUACUUUUACGGGAAGUUCAAUACCUUACACUUUCAAGGAGAAGAUAGUUGACCCUAUCACGCCAACUUCUUCCAUACAUCAGAUUGAUAGCUCAACUGUUUGGUCGCUAUACAAUGGUAUCAACCCAAAAGAUUCUUCUCCUGUUUCAAUUUUUGAGUUUAAUUUGCGUGACACUAGAGUACAAAGAUGGGAACUGCUUGCAAGAAAUGCUUUCAAGAAACUUAAGACUAUAAAAUACCCAGGUUUAGUAUCAGUCGUGGAUUUUAUAGAAAAUGAUUCUUACCUUUACAUAGUUACGGAGAGAGUCAUACCAUUGGCCUUGUACAUUAAGGAACAAGACACUAAAUUGCAUACUGAUGCAGUUACAGCAGGAAUAUAUGAAGUGGCACAGAGUUUACGCUUCAUUAAUGAAGAUUGCAAUUCUGUGCAUGGCGGAUUGAAUUAUUAUUCCUCUGUAUUUGUCAACUCUCAAGGAGAUUGGAAGCUUUUUGGAUUUGAACUAGUUACCAAUCUACAAUCGGACCCUGACCAAGCACUAUAUCGAUUGAGCCAGAACAUGCCAGGUAAUACUUCUCAUGGGGAUAUUGACAUGGAAGCAGUUAGACGAGAUCCUAAAAAGUAUGAUGGAUAUUUGUUGGGACAGUUGAUUUAUGCAUCCUUCAACAAUGGAGUCGUGGAUACAACCGUCAAAAUUCCAGUAAAAUUACAAGGGCCGGCAAAAAGAUUGAAUGCCAAAAGGAACACCGUGGCUCAAUAUUUAAAAGAAACGGAACAAUAUCAUGAACAAAAUAUGAUCAUUAGAUUCAAUCACCAAUUGAGUGAGUUAAAAUUCAUCAAGGAAAACGAUGCAAAGCUAGAAUUUUUCAAACAUGAAUUGCCUCAGUAUACCGAGGAGGAUAUUUACCCACCAGGAUUUUUAAACUAUAAAUUGUUGCCGGAAUUGAUUAAUCAGUAUCAUCAUUUGAGCAAGUCCCAAGGGUCCACCAGUAUCACCAAUGCAAAUAUAGUACCCAGUUCUUCUACCGGAUCCAAUGGGUCAGAAGUGCAUGCCAAACAAGAAACAAUGUCCGUUUUACUCAAUCUUGUCAUUAAAUUUGGCGUGAAACUAUCCGAGGAUGAGUUUAAUAAGCAGAUUAAGCCUCUUAUCUUUGAGGCAUUUGCGCAAAACGAUCGAGCCAUUAGAUUGAUAUUGCUCACACACUUGCCAGAUUAUCAACAUUUUUUGACUGAUUCGGAUGUUCAAUACAAAAUUUUUACUCCGUUGGUCACCGGGUUCCAAGAUACUAAUUUCAUGAUUCGUGAAACAACAUUAAAAUCAAUAACAAUAGUCAUUGACAAGAUUUCCGUGAAGCAGGUUAACCAGGAGCUUUUGCGUAUACUUGCUAAAUCGCAAAUGGACCCAAAACCUUCGAUUCGCGUUAAUACAUUGGUUUUGAUUGUCAAGAUCUCUUCCAAAAUUUAUGCAAACUCAAAAAACAAUGUAUUAAUUACUGCAUUAUCAAAGUCAUUGCGUGACUCAUUUGUCCCAUGUAAGAUGACCGCAUUGAGUGGCUUUGAAUCGCUUAUUGACGAAUUCUCUUUGGAGGAGAUAUGUUCCAAGAUCUUGGGCCAUUUAGCAAUUUCCCUAAUGGAUAAGAAAUCAUCAAAAGUUAGAAAGGCUGCUAGGAAAGUUUUUGAUUUGUACUUGAGUUCGGUGGAAGCACACGCUAAAGACUUGCCAGUCCUUGAAAACGAGGACGACGAGGAUGAAGAAGAAAGAGAGUUUUAUAAAAGGUAUGCACCACAACAACAGAAGGAAACUGUUGCAGAUGAUUCUGCAGCAAAGCAAGUUGCUGAAAGCACGGGUGGUGGAUUUGGAUGGGGCAUGAUGAGUAAAUUGACUUCUCUUGGCGGCAGCAGUACCAAUAUCAAUGCUGUAGGAGCUGGUGGACAAUUAAACCAUGACUUUAAUCACUCAACCCCUGAUAUUACCAGAGUAUCAACCCCGACCCAAAGAGAAUUGCCAAUUUUGGAUAUUGAAAGCUCAAAUGAUGGAUGGGGCGAUGGCGAUGGCGAGAUCGAAGUCGAUGAAGAUUGGAUUGGAAACAAUGAAGAUGACAUCAACAAAGAAGAGGAAAACAAAAAGGAAAUAGGGAGAGAUAUAUUUAGGCAACCACCAAAGAUUGUGGAGAAUACAAGAAAGCUCAAUCUUGGAAGAUCGACUGAUGUACCGACCGGAAGACAACCGUUAAGAAAACCUUUAAAAAGCACAACGUCGCUCAAAUUGGGAAGCGCGUCAAGAGCUGCUGAGAAGAAGACGAAGCCAAAAUCCGCGCUUCAAUUAAAUCUCAAGUUAGAUGACGAUCAGACUGAAGAUGGCUGGGAUGAAACUUGGUAG